AUGGCGAGCACGACACUCGACGAGAGCUUGGUCUCCUAUCUCAAGGCCCAUGCACCCAACAAUGCGGGCGCAGAGACAGACGCCGUCAAGGCCUCGCACGCCCUCUUUCCCCAAGUCACCUACACCGACGCCGAGAAGACGGAGCUGGGCCAAUGGCUUCACGCCGCCUCCCACAUCGCCUCGUCUGCUGAUGACGCCGCAAAAGCCGCCGAGCGCCUGUCGUCCCUGAACACACACCUCGCCAGUCGCACCACCCUCCUCGGCGCGAAGCCGUCUGUGGCAGACAUCGCCAUCUACCAGAAGCUCGCACCGGUCGUGUCACAAUGGAGUGCAGAGGAGAGGACGGGAGAGCAGGGUUACCACCACAUUGUCCGCCACGUCGACUUUGUCCAGAACUCGCCCAUCUUUGGUCUCAAGGUCGACGACAAGCUCAACAUUGACCAGGACGCUGUCGUCUUCAAGAUCAAGCCGGUCGACGCAAAGGCUGAGAAGGAGCGCAAGAAGAAGGAAAAGGAGGCGGCUGCUGCCCGUGCUGCGGCCUCGGGAGCUACACCCACGACAUUGACUGGUGAACAAGGAGGUCAAGCCAGCAAGAGCAAAAAGGACAAGGCCCAAGACAAGGUCCAAGCAGCAGGAGAGGCCAUCGCAUCAACCGUAGCGGGCAAGCCAACCGCUGGCGGACCUCCCGAAGGCGCGCCCACGAAGAAGAAGGAAAAGAAGGACAAGCAGCCCAAGCCCCAGAAAGCCGCACCCGUCGAAAAACCCCUCUCCCCCGCCCUCAUCGACCUCCGCGUCGGCCACAUCCUCAAAGCCGAAACGCACCCCAACGCCGACUCCCUCUUCGUCAGCACAAUCGCCUGCGGCGACGCCCCGGGCACAGAAAACACAUCCGAGUACGAGGGCCAGGUCGUGCGCACCGUCUGCUCCGGCCUCAACGGCCUCAUCCCCCUCGCGGAGAUGCAAAACCGCAAAAUCGUGGCCGUCUGCAACCUCAAGCCCGUCACGAUGCGCGGCGUCAAAUCCUGCGCCAUGGUCCUCGCCGCCUCGCCCAAACUCGCGCCCGGCGAAGUAGACGCCCACAAGGGCCCCGUCGAACUCGUCGAACCCCCGCCCGACAGCAAGGCUGGUGACCGCGUUUACUUUGACGGCUGGCAGGGCGACCCGGAGCCGGUGCUCAAUCCCAAGAAGAAGAUUUGGGAGACGCUGCAGCCGGGUUUUACGACGACGCAGGAGGGUGAGGUGGGCUUUGAUGUCGCGGUUGUGCCGCAGUUGGCGGGUGAGGAGCCGGAGAAGAAGGUUGGGGUUGCGCGGUUGAGGACAAAGGAUGGGGUUUGUAGUGUGCCGUCGUUGAAGGAUGCGGUUGUCAGGUAG